AUCGCCAGCCAGGUGCUGGGGGCGAUAGCGCGGGUGACCGUGUGCGAUAAACUGUCUUUCCUCUGCAACGUAUGACACACACGCGGCGUCCCUUGUUUUGCAACCUGAAUUUUGCCGAAUGCGAUAAUUUCUUUUGCUGAUUAUCCGCCCUGCACCCGGCAUAUUCGCUGGAAAUCAUAACUGCAGGAGACAGCCAGCCGGCGCCAUGAGUCGGCCCGAGGGUCUGGUGCAGCGACGGCACGUGGCGCGCGAUCGGCCGGCCGAGGAGGGCGGCGCCAACGAGGAGGAGGCCGAACAGUUCGGCGACCGCGAGUAUGACGGCGACAGCAAGGAGACCCGGCUGACGCUCAUGGAGGAGGUGCUCAUGCUCGGCCUCAAGGACAAGGAGGGGUACACGUCAUUCUGGAACGACUGUAUCUCGAGCGGCCUGCGCGGCUGCGUGCUGAUCGAGCUGGCGAUCCGGGGCCGCAUCGAGCUGGACAAGGCCGGCAUGCGGCGGCGCAACCUGCUCUCCCGCCACGUGACGCUGAAGAAUGACCAGCCGACGGGAGACGUGCUGCUGGACGAGGCGCUGCGGCACAUCAAGGAGACGCAGCCCACCGAGUCCGUCCAGAGCUGGAUCGAGUUCCUCAGCGGCGAGACCUGGAACCCCCUGAAGCUGCGGUACCAGCUGCGCAACGUGCGCGAGCGUCUGGCCAAGAACCUAGUGGAGAAGGGCGUACUGACCACUGAGAAGCAGAACUUCCUGCUGUUCGACAUGACAACCCAUCCGGUCACCGACAACCAGGCCAAGCUGCGCCUCAUCAAGAAGGUGCAGGACGCCGUGCUGAGCAAGUGGGUCAACGACCCGCACCGCAUGGACAAGCGCAUGCUGUCGCUCAUCUUUCUGGCGCACGCCUCCGACGUGCUAGAGAACGCCUUCGCGCCGCUCUCCGACGACGACUACGAGGUGGCGAUGAAGCGGGUGCGGGAGCUUACCGAUCUGGACCUGGAUGCCGAGGCGGCCAAGCCGGGCACCAAUGGCGUCAUGUGGGCCGUGUUCGCCGCAUUCCUGAAGUGACGUGCCGCUGGCCGGCGGUGGGGGGCGGGGCGGCGUGCGCCGACCCCUCUUCAAGAGGCUGUCCACUGGGCACAGCUAGCGGAUGUGACAGAGGACUCAGAGGGCAUCCCGGCCGCCAGAUGGCGGCAGCGGCGGCGGCGCCGGCCACCUGCCGGGCGAGCCACCUGCAGGCGUGUUGACGGCGCACGUUCGUCGGUCGCCUCGGCAUCACGUGGCGCUUUUUAUUGCACCUGUGGCACCGGCGGACGUCUUGCGACUUUGCCGUCCGGGGGGCGUGACGGUCGUGUGUUACGUUAAGUCUCUGCCUGUUAUCGUGUUUAUUUACUGUCCGCCGCAGUUAUGCAGAGUGGAUCGCGUGAAAGAGCGUGUCGCAGACCUGUGUUUGUUAUAUUUUCGGGCGGGGAUAGAAGAGGGGGGUUUCUGCAUGACCGGGCGUGGUGUUGACGCGGUGUCGUCCCUGUCGGGCCUUGGGCCCAGUUAUUCCGGUUGGGACCGCGCGCCUGCUGCGUGCCGGUGGGCGCGGCGUCUGGACCGCGGCCCUGCCGUCCAGCCGCGCCGCCGCCGGCGCCGCCGGCGCCGGCUGAGCGGCCUCGUGAGGUCGCCCGACGCUCUGCUUCACGUGCACAAAGCGUCUCGCUGUGACCGCGGCUGGCGGGCUGGCCGGAGUUGUGAGCGUGUAUCUCGGGUGGCGGCUCCUGUGUCGGCGUGUUGGGGCGUCCGGCGGCGCGGCGAGCGACCCGCCGCGACCGCGAGCCUCGUCUCUCCAUCUCUCGGUCAGUGAUGUAUUUAUUAACCUAGCGAUACGGUUGGCGUCAGUUAGUGAGCAGACGGUCGGCCGCGCUAUCAUCAAUACAUUGGGACCGAUUGC